AUGCUUAAAAAUGAAUAAUAAAUUUUAAGAAUUCAGGAUAAAGAUGUUAAAUUAUAAUUUUGCAAUUUAAAUUUUAAAUUAUCAUCUUGUGCUUUUAUUUAAUUAAAAUAAGAUAAAUAUUGUGAGCAAUUCAAAAGACAGACCUAAGAUUAAUUAUUUAUUUAUUUACUUGUUAGGAUUGUAAAUAAAUUAAUCAAUCAGAGCAUUUACUAUUAUUCAAAACAGGGUAAAAAUUAAUUGCAAUAUUUUUUAUAAAAGAAGCAAAAAUCUAAUAUCAUUUAAAGUAAAACUUUUAACAUCAAAUAAUAUCAAAAAGCAGAUUACAAAUUAUGGAAGUGA